AUGAAGAGGUUUGAAGUAUCUAGCGGGACUAAAAGGAGAAGGCAGGAAGAGCUGCUUUCAGAGCUUGAUCAAGAAAAAGCUGAAAACAGACAACUGAGAAAAAGACUGAAAGAAGCAGAAUAUGAAAUUGCAGAACUAAACCGUAAAAUCAGUUUGGAUACACUUGCAGAGAACGGUAAAGAAGGUGACCAGCCUACUUUGGAAGUGUACAGAAGCAUAAAAAGUCUUAAACGCAACCUAAAAUCAUCAAUUGAAAACUGUGAGACUAAAGAUAGAAAGAUACAAGAAUUGAUAAGUGAAAUUUCAAGACUUAAUGAUGAGCUUGAUAUAUCAAUUUCACAGCUGAAUGACUACAAAAAUAAAGAAAGCAGGUAUAAUGCUUUUAAAGAAAAAAUUGAUAGAUUAGGUGCGACCGAAAUAAAAAAUAAAGAAUUAGAAGAGCAAUAUGAACAGUCUGUCCAAGACAAAACUUUAUUACUAAUAGAAUUACAAAAACUCAGAUUAAAUGAGAAAAAUAGCGAAAAACUAGAAAAAGAAAUUGAAGAUAUGACUGAAAGGUAUGUCCAAGCUUUAGCGCAGAUUUCUGAAAAGCAAAAAAGCAACGAGAUAUUAAAGAAUAUGCUAGAAGAUAAAACGAGAGAGCUAGAAAAAAUGAGAGUUCUUGAAGGAGAAGUCGCAAUGCUUACUCCUUCAUCUUUAAUUAAAACCGAUCACUGCUAUUCAAUAAUGAAUGGAGAAAAAAAAUUGCGGGAAAAUUAUAUUAAUUGAUUCCUAAUUUUUUCAAAUAAAAUAUUUUAUGGCUAAGAUUCAAUAUUUUUAAAAGAUAGAUAGUCAGAUUCGGGGUAAUAUAUGAAAAUCUUUCGAUCAAUGAUUGGAUAUAUUUUCCAAUUUUUAGGAAAUUUCGGUUAAUCAAGUUAAGGGAGUUAGAAAUAAAUAUGAAACACCAUUUUCUAGUCAAAGAACAAGCUUGGGUACUGAUGCCCCACCUUUGUGAAUCGAAGAAUACGAGCUUAAAUUAAAAGAGCUACAAAAUCAGAAUCAGCAAUUAAAAAAUACAUUAUGAAAUAAUAUUGAAGUCUGCACUCUAGAUAGUUUGAUGGCUCAGAUAGAAACACUUACAAGCAUAAAAGAAGAUUCGUUCUUGAAAUAUGCCCGAUUGCAAUGCUCCUAUCAUGAGCUUGAAUACAGGUCAGAAGCAAUUGACUAGAUUAAAUUAGAUUAAGAUUUGGAUAGGUAUUGAGGGAUUAUUUAAGCCCUUGCCCCCGUCGAGAGCUAGCUUCACGUUUGUGGUUGCUAGACAGUAACUUUGCCUAGCGCCAUUUUUCAAUCUUAGCCGCCAAAUGAUGAUGUAGGAUGCAUAACAGAGCACUUACUCGGUAAGUCUUUAGUCCUUAUCUUGCGCUCAGGUUACUCUGUAACUGGGGUGGGAUUACAAAUGAUUAGCUGAGGCUUCUUUUCUCUAUGCUUCUAAAUAAAGUCUUAGCGCAACCUUUCGCAUGAAGAAGUGCUAUGCAAGGCACUGCAUCUUUCGGUUGGGUGUGAUCGCAUAAAAAAGGUAUUUCUCCACUGGGGCACACCAAAAAUCGACUUUGGAUACCAAGGUGCAAUGGGUAUCUUGCAGAAUGUGUUCAGUCAAUCAACAGGACACCACAUGCCUCUAUUGGUACGCUAUUUAAUUAAGUAUGAAGCAAUUGAAGAGUCUUUAAAAGAGCAAAUACAUAAUCUUACCAGGAAUUACACAUUAUUGGAGGCCAAGCUUGAGUAUCAAAAAGUACUGAAUCAAGAAUUGGAUUCACGGCUUAAUAACUGUAAAUCUUGCCAAGAGUUGAGGGAAGAGCUUAAAAUCGUGGAGGACAGAUGCAAUAAAUUAAACAGUAGACUUGAAACCAGGACUGAUAUUAUUGAGCAGGAGCAAAAAAGGCUUAAAGAUCUCAGACUUUUGUAUGAAAACGGUGUAAAAGAAUUAGACGAGUUGAAACAAGAGCACUAUAGGCUUAAAGAAAAGUUUGAAAGAGAUAUAGAAUUAAGUGAAAAUGGCAAUUCUAAAUAG